AUGCGGAUCGCCGACCUCAACGACUUGUCGAAGCAACCACCCAACGACAAACCCUCCCACAUACCCUCCCUCGACACUGUCAACAUGUCCGACGCCGGGGAAGUCGUCGCGGUCAACUCCAUCCUGCCCAAGGAUGUGAACGAAGGCUCCGUCCUCCUUUUCAACAAGUGGUCCUACGAGGAUGUCGAGAUCCGCGACAUCUCCCUGACCGACUACAUUCAGAUCCGUCAGCCCGUCUACCUCUCCCACACUGCCGGUCGCUAUGCCGCCAAGCGUUUCCGCAAGGCCCAGUGCCCCAUCAUUGAGCGUCUCACCAACUCGCUCAUGAUGAACGGCCGUAACUCCGGAAAGAAGCUCAUGGCCAUGCGCAUUGUUUCCCACGCUUUCGACAUCAUCCACAUCAUGACCGACCAGAACCCCAUCCAGGUUGCUGUCGAUGCCAUUGUCAACUGCGGCCCCCGUGAGGACUCCACCCGUAUUGGUUCCGCCGGUACCGUCCGUCGCCAGGCUGUCGAUGUCUCCCCUCUGCGCCGUGUCAACCAGUCCAUCUCUCUCCUGACCAUCGGUGCUCGCGAGUCCUCUUUCCGCUCCAUCAAGAGCAUUGCUGAGUGCCUUGCUGAGGAGCUGAUCAACGCCGCCAAGGGCUCCUCCAACUCCUACGCCAUCAAGAAGAAGGACGAGUUGGAGCGUGUUGCCAAGAGCAACCGUGCUACCUUUAAGUGGACGUUGGAGUCGCUUAUCGAUACGACGAAAAAAAGUUUCGGUCCACCCCCAACCUUCGUGAACUGGGACCAACCUCCUUCCACCACCCACCAUUUCUAUUCACAACCAGUCAAGAUGGUGAAAAGAAAGCUUGGAGCCUUAGAAAAGGUCGAGGCUGACCUGCCUAAUCUGCAGCACAAGAUUCGCAGAGAUCCUAAAUCAUACAUUGAGGAUUUCCGCGCUCAGCACUAUCAAUAUGAGUCGCACCGCGAAAUUUUCAUGGCUGCGCCUUCGGCCGCGACGGACACUGGCAUUAUCUCUCUGCGCGAGUUGAUUGACUUCAUUUCGCACGUUGCCGACGCUUACCCGGAGAUCUUGAAGGACUUCCCGCAGCAACUCAUCGAUAUGCUGAUGCAGCACCACCUGGUGCUGGAGCCGGAGUUGAGAGAGAAGUUGGUCGGAAGUCUGGUGUUGUUGAAGAAGAAGGAUCUGCUCGAUUCUGCAACACUCCUCCAAACACUAUUCCCCAUCCUUAUCUCUACGCCUAGCAAGACUCUACGUGCUCUGCUGUUUCAAAAGAUUCUGUCUGAGCUUCGGACAGCCAACACUAAGACGAAGAACCACAAGCUCAACCGCACUAUGCAGACUGUCCUUUUCAAUCUGGUAUCAUCUGACCGCACCAGCUCAAAGGCACUCUGGGCCAUCAAACUGGUCCGAGAGCUAUGGAAGCGUCAAAUCUGGACUGACGCCAAGACUGUCGAGAUCAUGAAGGAGGCGAGUUUGUCUGAGAACGAAAAGGUCAUCAUUGGUGGUGUUCGCUUCUUCCUGGGUGGCGACAAGGAGCGUGAGGAGGCAGAGGAUGAGAGCAGCGAUGACGAUGCCGUCGAUGUUGGUCGUAUCAAGCACCAGCUUGGUAUCAACAAGAAGACCAAGAAGAAGGCCCGUGUGGCUGAGAAGGCCUUAACCACUCACAAAAAGAAGGAGAAGAAGAAGAACCAACCGCACGCUCUCAACUUCUCCGCGCUUCAUCUGCUGCACGAUCCCCAGGGAUUCGCCGACACUUUGUUCACUCGCCACCUGCAAAGCUCCAAGGCUAAACUGAACCUUGAGAAUAAGCUGGUUGUCUUGCAAUUGGUGUCUCGUCUUGUGGGCUUACACAAGUUGCAUAUUAUGCCGCUCUACUCCUACUUCCAGAAGUUCCUCACCCCGCGUCAACCUUCCGUUACCUCAUUCUUGGCAUCUCUGGCCCAGGCGACUCACGACUUGGUUCCUCCCGAUGUUCUUGAGCCUCUUGUUCAGAAGAUUGCCAAUGAGUUCGUCUCUGAGGCCUCCGCUGGAGAAGUAGCUACCGCCGGUAUGAACGCUAUUCGAGAGAUUUGCGUCAGGCAACCUCUGGCUAUGAACGAGACGCUGUUGCAGGAUCUCGUCAUGUAUAAGAAGAGCAAGGACAAGGGUGUCAUGAUGGCUUCGAAGGGUCUGCUCAGUCUCUAUCGAGAUGUGGGCGCAUCGAUGCUCAAGAAGCGGGAUCGUGGUAAGGAAGCCUCCAUGGGCCUCCGUGCUGGCGACAAGCUCGGCAAGCGAUUCGGAGAGCAGGAGAGUGGUGGUAUCGAGGGACUCGAGCUGUUGGAGAAGUGGAAAGAAGAGGAGCGCCGCAAGAGGCGUCGCGAGAUGGGACUUCCUUCUGAUGGCGAGGAUGACGAGGAAGAUGAUGAGGAAACCAACUGGGCCGCCUGGAACGUCGAGGAUGAUGAGGACAGCGAUGAUUCUGGCGAUUGGGUUAACGUCCAAAGCGACGUUGAGAUCGAUCUCAGCGACUCCGAGGACGAGGACAAGAACAAGAACAAGGCCCCACCCAAUAAGAAGGCCAAGCAAGAUGAGGAUACCAAGAAGGAUGCGGCAGCUGACGCAGAGACUGCAUUCUCCAAACUUGCUACUACUAAAAUCCUGACUCCUGCGGAUCUGGCUAAGCUUGCCGAGCUCCGUGCUGAGGCUGCUGUCGGCGCGGCUCUUCCAGGAUCGAAAUCCCGUCACGCCCAGAGCACCACCCGUCACAGUGAUGAUCCGUUGACUGCGGAGGAGAUCGAGGGUCUUGCCCGCUUGUCUGCUGCUAAGCAGACGCGUGAGGAGCGUAUUGCUCACGCCCGUGAGGGCAAACUGGACCGCUCCGAGCACAAGAGCAAGGAGGCUAAGCGUAAGGAGCGCAAGGAGGAACAAGGAAAGAGUACCACGAACAAGGAGAAGGCUCGCCGGAAGAACUUCCUGAUGACUAUCGGCAAGGCGAGAAGUAAGAACAAGCGCAGUUUGGUGGAAACGCGUGCUGUGCUCAAGGCGCAUCACGACCGACAGAAGAGAGGUGGAAAGAGAGGUAAUCUUGGAAAUUAG